UCAUCUUUAAAACGGAGCGUGGGAGGGAGAACGGCGGACAGCAGCAGCCGGGAGGCCAAAAUGUUCAUCAAACGAGAAGUAUAGUGUGGAUGGCUUGAUGCAGCAAGAAACCAACGUGAUCUGUGGGAGUGGAUCUGAUGGCCUCGGUGGAGUUACUCUACAUAGAUAAUAGAGGGGGAAGACCUGAUCCUCCCAGAGUACUGGAUUGGUCUUCAAGCCCACUUCAUGUUCACAGGCUAAGCAGUUCAGUGCAAGAAGCUUCUCCCACUCUGAAGGCGCCUGCCUGUGAGGGACAGUGUAAUUCAGCACCAAGGACGGCUCCCAUCAGAGGACAGUAUGGCCAGCACCGGCAUCAGCCCCUAGAGAAGGUCAGGGUGUGUUGUGACGAGGAGCUGGAGACCUCGUUCGCAUACAUCGAUGAAAAUGUCAAUCUCAGGUUGGCCACACCAGACACAAGUGAGAAAAGUGCUCACCGUGCGACUGUGCUCCAUGAUUCCUCAAGCGAAAUCCGUCCCGAGGGCCUCCAGGAGUUGUCACUGAUGUCUGACGUCGACCUCAGCUCAGAGAGUUCUGGGAAAUCCGUGGAUUACGGAUUCAUCAGUGCAGUCACAUUCCUCAUCACGGGGAUCUCGCUUGUGAUCAUAUCGUACACGGUCCCUCGUGACGCCAGGGUGAACAACGACAACGUCUCUGCACGUGAAAUGGAAAGACUCGAGAACGAGAGCGCCAGGAUAGGUGCGCACCUUGACAAGUGUGUUAUUGCCGGCCUUUGCUUUCUCACCUUAGGCGGAGUGGUGCUAUCCACUUUGCUAAUGAUUUCAAUGUGGAAGGGUGAGAUGUACAGGAGGAAAGCCUUUGCUUAUUCAAAGCACUCUGCAAAGCUCUAUGGUUCGAUUAAUUUAAGAACAAGAUCGAGUCCCAGCUGCUCAUCGCCACCGCGUAGUUUGGUCGAGGAGGAGAAUGGCAAUGCCAUUAGUUGACUGUUUUUUUAUAUUUAUUUCUAGUGGACUGCCAACAUGACAUUACCCUUUCAAGCAUGGCCAAAAGAGCUUGUUUUUCAACCUUGUAUCAGUGACAAUUGCUUACUGAUGCCGAAAAAACAUAAUUUCAGAAAACAGAUUUCUCAGGCUUCAGAAAUACACAGCAUGAUAUCAUGUAUUAAUCAUAAAGCAAUAUGCUUUUUGAAGAAGCACGUUAGAAACUUAAGGUUGUGUGUCAAGAAGUUAAAUGAAGUUGCUCGUAGUAUUCAAACCCUACUUUCCAAGCUGACAAUGAGAGAUCUGAAAGAAAUGAGUCCUGUUGUACAGAAACCUGCUGCUAAGACUGACAAUCCUACUGCCUCUUUCUUACUCUUUCAGAAAACUGAAAUCAAAUGUUUCCACUUCAGCCAUUUCAUCAUGGUAUGCAGAGUGAUUGAGGGCUACAGUUUCUGGUUUAGAGCACUUCAGUUCCUCAGAAAGCAUUGAGAAAUCACUGAGAAAAUGCCAGUGUAUAAUUGUGGUGUUUUUGCCAUUAGGCCAUCUAUCACUCGCACCCGCACCCCCCACCAAGUGCUAAAAUAUUUAAUAAAUAUUUAAUGGAGGAAGCUGCCACACAAUUAUUUGCUAUCCUUUGGAAAUUUAAAUCCAUCUCUCUAAAUCCAGCAACGCAUAACUAUUGUAUCUUCACUUACACUGUACACACACAGUUGAACCUGUAGGCUCUGUGCCAUAAGGAGAUGUGCCACAGGAUUUAUCAUAAGACUUACAUCAAAUACAUAUCGGUGUCAGGGCAUAUUCUGAUGAUUAAUGACAGUUCAUAAAACUCAUAACUUACAACUCACUUUCUGAUAUGAAAGUAAAAUGAUAUUCUUGAUUGUGUGUGAUGAAUCUUUAGCUUGUAUUUGACUGCAAUAAGUUUAAUUCAACUCUCAAUUCAAAUCACAGAGAGAGAGAGAGAGAGAGAGAGAGAGAGAGAGAAAAGCAAAAGAGGUCCAUUUCUAAAACAGUGGCUGGUCAUAUGUUGCACUGAUAUUUCUCCUAAAUAUAGUUUAGCUUUAAACUGAGCUUAGCUUUCUGGUGUUUUCACUGUAUGAUAUGAGUUAUCAAGCACUAAAGCAGCAUACCGUAAUUGCUUUAAAUUGAUCAGUAACAUAAAAAGUAAUGUAUACAUUUCAGACUGACUGUGAUAUAAUGGAUGUUACAAUUUUACAGGAAAAUGUCUCUUUGUUCAUAACAUCUUUCUCACAAUGAGUAAGAUCCAAAUUUAAGGAUAAGAGAUGAGUCAAUGGUAAUUGCCCACAUUAUCUAGGGCGGUCCUACCGGGCAUCUCAAAGGGAAAUUAGUAAUGUAAAUAGAAUGACUUUUAAUGAGCUGAUUUCAAGCAGCAUGUAAAUGUAUCAGUUAUUAAGAUUGAGAUGAGCCAGACCGCAUAUUUUUACUCAUCACAGAAUACAGAAUACACUAAGAAGUCACGUUUUCCAGUUGAAGAUAACCAUAAUAACAACGUUGUCACAUGCUUUCUAGUUGUUGUUUUUUUUCACAAACUAAUGUUAAACUUACCAUUUACACAUUUUUGAGACUGACUGUAUUAGUUAUCAAAGUGCUCAUUUACAGCUUUCUAAAUAGACGCUAACUUAACAGAAGUCACAUUCGCCUGUGAGGUAGCUAACCUACCCUAACAGUUUAGCACGCUUUCUAUAAGAAUUUGGCAUGCACGGUAAAUAUAUAAUGCAUAACUGUUAUUACUUUUCACAAAAAAGAUUUUAAAUUUACCAUUUGCACAUUUGACACAUUUUAAUUAGUUGACAGUUCAAUUUAGAAACAAAGUCAUUUGCUAACUUAACCGCUCUCUGCACCCUAGGUAGGCCUACUGUAAUAAAACAAAUCGUAUUUCUUAAGUCCAGCAUGUCAAUGGUAAGAAUGCUGAAAAUAGCAAUGCUGUUCAUUUCAAACCACAAUGUCAUGUAAGGGGACACCUAGUAUGUGACAUCCAUGACAGCUUGCCCGUCCUCCUCGUUUCUCCAAGAUCAUGCAUCAUUAAAGAGAGUGAAGGUUUUUCUGGAAAAAGUGCUUAGCGCUGCAGACUUUACGGACAAAUUGAAUCAAGAUAAGCACUUGCAGUGUUUCCAAUAAAUAUAUAUUUGUUUGUGCCGUUGUUUGUUGUACACUUCAGCUUCUCAAGAUGGAACACAUUAACCUCGCUGGAAGCUUUUAGUCAUUUAGUCCCAUCCCCUCAAUUCGCUAGCGCAGGGAUGUCACUUGUUCCUACAGAAAUGCUCCAGUAUUGGAUGGAAAGUUGAAGUCUGUUUACUUGUACCCUUGCAAACCCUGUGGUAAAUUUCCGGUGGUAUUGAUUUUUAAGAGCGCUCUGCUGAGACAACCUCGGGGAUCUGACCCCGGCGCUUGGCUGCAUUUCCUCAGCAUUAUUUUUAGGAGCACAACAAUGUUAGCUAUGUGUAUGGCUUACCAAGGUUUAUUAACAUUAGACUUGCUAUCUCUUAGUAAUGUAAAUUCAAUCCUUUAAACUCCUUAGCUGAAAUGGACCUAUGCUCCCCUGCACUCUACGUUAGCACCUAGAUUAGUUUCUCCCAUCAGCUCUAUUAU